AUGACACAGGCCGACGCGCAGUCAGACUCUGAGCAAGGAUUGGCACGGCAAGAGAUGCAGCAAGAGGAAGACGAGCCGCCUUCAAAGAGAGCGAAACAAGAUGCGUUCGCCAAACUCAUGGCUCCCAAACCAAAAGCCGUCCCAAAACCUCCCGGCACAAGACCUCACCUCUUCAAGAACCGCAUGGCCCUCGGCGCAUACAUUGCCAGUCCGGAAUCGUAUCCCGCGUCCGUCGUCAUCUGCUACAACGCAGACUUUGUCGUCAUCCACGACAAGUUCCCCAAGGCCACCGUGCACACGCUGCUGCUGCCGCGGUCGCCCAAGCACACGCUUCUGCACCCCUUUGAGGCGCUCCGGGACGUCGAGUUUCUGGAAAAGGUCAAGGAAGAGGUGGGGAAGCUCAAGGUGCUCGUGGCGGCGGAGCUGCAGAGACGAUUGGGCUCGUUUAGCAGGGCGGAUGCCGCUCGAGAGGCUGUGCUCGAUGGCGAUGCAGAGCCAGAACCAGAAGAGGCACGAGAUGACGACGACGACAAGGGAAAAGAACCGCAGCUGCCGCCGGGGAGGGAUUGGGCGGCCGAGCUCAUGUGCGGCGUGCACGCCGUCCCCAGCAUGGGCAACCUGCACAUCCACGUGCUCUCGCGAGACAUGCACUCGCCGGCCAUGAAGCACCGCAAGCACUACAACUCCUUCACCACGCCGUUCCUGGUGGACGUGGCCGACUUCCCGCUGGACGAGGCCGACCCCAGGAUGAUCCCCAAGGACGAGGGCUACAUGAGGCGGGACUUGGUGUGCUGGCGGUGCGGGAGAAACUUUGGAAACAGGUUCAAGGAGCUCAAGGACCAUCUGGACAAGGAGUUUGACGAAUGGAAGCGGGAGUGA